UAGAAUUGGCGAUCUUUACCAAAUCACCAAACCUGCAGCGAAGAGAUGACUAGGGACUAUACUGAUACGGUAGUGAAGAGAUGAGACUAAGGUACAUGCUUGUGCAACUUACAGAGCUCUUGCGAAACUACUCCUAAGAAUGAGGAAAUAUGACAUUGCUAGUAAAGUGUUCAAACAUUGCCAAGAGAAUGUGUUGUACAGUGCGUGAGGUGUGUGCCAAGUUCACCUCCAUGCCAUUGUCACUGAGAGUGUGUGAGGAGGAGGUCAAGGCGAGGAUGGGAUUGGUGGAGUGUGUCAACCACAACCUAGUGGAGCCGGCCCUACCAUCAUCUACGAGAAACACGCUUUGGCAUCUCCACCGAGGCAUCAGCACCUGCGGUGCUUUCAUAUUGAUGUUGGUACUGUGUUUCCUGUGUAUAGGUCUUCCUAUAAUAAUUAUACUCUGUGAGAACGGACUACAUAUAGGGUGCACUUUAAUCAAAACUUAGAUCUACCUUGUUUGCGGUUAGAUGACAUACAAACGGAAUAGCUCCACCCCCUCUUACCCAGACACUGCAAAACGUAUAAAAGGCAUGCAAUAAUUCAUGAAUCAUCUCUGACAAUCGACAAAGAGGCAGAAAACUGAAGCAGAUAACUAUGGCAACAACAAAACCAUCAAAGCAGCAGAUCUCAGCAGCUAUAGACACUUUGGCAGAGUGGUUUCCAGAAGAGGCUACCAACUUGAAAAGUAAUCGGGAUGCCAUCAUAUCUUACCAUGAUGGUGAUGCUAAUCCAGCACUGGAAUCCUCACUCAGCCGUGUUGAGAAGAAUGAGGUUGAACUUGCUGUCGAAAUCCCCAAAUUAACGCCUUGCGAAGAAGCCUGUAGUGUUGUGGUUGUGGAUGUGAUUUUUUUUUGCUUUGGCCUGGUCGGGCUGCACGUGUCCAAUCAGGAACGACUAACUCGAGCAAUUAUCCAAGAAAUGGGAGGUGAAACUCUACGUGGUUUGGCACGAGCUAUUCAUGCUUUUAGUACCGCUGACGGUGCCAUCAAUAAAGCGAAAGCCCUCUUCACUCUUGCUGGUCAAAUCUUCAAAGCUGGUGGCUUCAAAGCUGCAUUUAAGGUGAUCAAGAGUGAAAUGAGUUGGUGGGAUUGGGUAAAAACAGGUGUUAUAGCCGUCGCUCAAAUUGUGGCGUGGUUUGCAACCGAUGGUGUCGCAUUUGUUGCAGAAGCAGCACUGACCAUUAUGUCUGCCGAACAACUAAUUGAGGAUGCAGUAAAAGCUGGUCAAGCGUGCUCUCAGUGAAUUGACACUGCAUGGUUUUGCAGAAGUGAAAAAUAAGACAAUAUUAUAGAACACAAUGCAGCUGUGCAUAUAUUAGUAGAUUUUAGCGGCUAUAUUAUUAGUUUAUAUUAUAGGCUUGCAAAUAUUUCUUUUAUAUUGAUAGCGCUAAAUUUCUAAAUUUGAA